GUUGGGCAUCUAUAAACAGAGGGAUUCUGAUCUGUGAUGAGUGCUGCAGUGUUCAUCGAAGCUUGGGACGUCACAUCUCCCAAGUGAGACAUCUCAAGCACACGCCAUGGCCACCAACAUUGCUACAGAUGGUUGAAACCCUGUACAAUAAUGGUGCUAACUCUAUAUGGGAACAUUCUCUGCUGGACCCUGCAUCUGUUAUGAGUGGAAGGCGUAAAGCUAACCCACAGGAUAAAGUACAUCCCAACAAAGCAGAAUUCAUAAGAGCUAAGUAUCAGAUGUUAGCAUUUGUUCAUCGCUUGCCGUGUCGUGAUGAUGACAGUGUUACUGCCAAAGAUCUUAGUAAGCAACUGCAUUCCAGCGUAAGGACAGGCAAUCUGGAGACGUGUUUGCGGUUACUGUCCUUAGGAGCUCAAGCCAACUUCUUUCAUCCCGAGAAAGGAAAUACCCCUCUUCACGUUGCUGCUAAGGCAGGACAGAUUUUACAAGCAGAGUUGUUAGCAGUUUAUGGUGCUGAUCCGGGGACGCAAGAUUCCAAUGGAAAAACUCCAGUUGACUAUGCAAGGCAAGGUGGGCAUCAUGAACUGGCAGACCGCCUGGUGGAAAUUCAAUAUGAACUCACCGACAGGUUAGCUUUCUAUCUCUGUGGCAGGAAACCAGAGCAUAAAAAUGGACAGCACUUUAUUAUACCUCAGAUGGCAGACAGGCGGCUCAGUCUCGAUUUGUCAGAACUUGCAAAAGCGGCUAAGAAAAAGCUUCAAUCCCUAAGCAACCACUUAUUUGAAGAACUUGCCAUGGAUGUGUAUGAUGAAGUUGACAGGAGAGAAACAGAUGCAGUUUGGCUUGCUACUCAAAAUCAUAGUACACUUGUGACAGAGACAACAGUAGUCCCUUUUCUUCCUGUCAAUCCUGAGUAUUCCUCAACCAGGAAUCAGGGAAGACAGAAACUGGCUCGAUUUAAUGCCCAUGAAUUUGCUACAUUAGUUAUAGAUAUUUUAAGUGAUGCCAAACGAAGACAACACGGGAAUCCACUCACUGGUUCAAAAGAAAAUGUGGAACUGAUACUGAAGUCAAUCAGCAAUCAACACAGUAAUGAAAGCCAAGAUAAUGAUCAACCUGAUUAUGACAGUGUUGCUUCAGAUGAAGAUACAGAUCUAGAAACAAAUGCAUCUAAAUCAAGCAGACAGAAGAGCCUAGAUUCAGACUUGUCAGAUGGCCCAGUGACAGCCCAAGAAUAUCUGCAAGUCAAAAAUGCUUUGGUGGCUUCUGAGGUAAAGAUUCAGCAGUUAAUGAAGGUGAACAUCAACUUGAGUGAUGAGCUGAGAAUCAUGCAGAAAAAGAUCGGGAGGAGUGCGUUUGUGACCUCCUCUUCAUCUCUACCUUCCUUCCCCUCCACGCUUUCCUGGUCAAGGGAUGAAAGCACCCGAAGGGCCUCAAAAAUAGAAAAACAGAACAGCAUGCCUGAAAGUGACUAUGAUAACCCCACCACCAGUUUGGAGCUGGAUGAGACAGGGUCUGGUAGAAAAGGAAGGCAGAGGAGUGUCAUCUGGCAGGGGGAAGGGUCUAUCCCUGAAGACACUGACACAGCCCCCAGCUCCAGUUUGCCCAGUACAGAGGAUGUGAUUCGGAAGACUGAACAGAUCACUAAAAAUAUUCAGGAGCUACUGAGGGCAGCACAAGAGAACAAGCAUGACAGCUACAUACCGUGCUCCGAGAGAAUACAUGUGGCAGUAACAGAAAUGGCAGCCUUGUUUCCAAAAAAACCCAAAUCUGAACUGGUAAGGACUUCCUUGCGUCUGCUGACAUCUAGUGCCUACAGACUCCAAUCCGAGUGCAAAAAAACCCUCCCCGUGGAGAGCUGCCCCAGCACGGACAUCCAGCUGGUGACGCAGCAGGUGAUCCAGUGCGCCUACGACAUCGCCAAGGCCGCCAAGCAGCUCGUCACCAUCACCACCAAAGAGAACAACAACUGAGGCACCUGCAGCUGCUUAGUCCUGUUGGGUUUUUUAAGGUUGGAUUUCAAAUAUAGGUGUGGAACUAUUCAAAUUUUUACGAGGAAGACUAAAGGGGGCAAUUUUUUUUAAUUCAGUAUUAUUUUUGCAUGUUUUCUAACAAUUUUAAUUUAACCCACUGCCUUAUUUUGUGCCUGUGUUGCCAGUUAGUUACAGAUAAUAUAGCAUGUUGCAAAUAGCU